AUAUAUAUUAAGAUUGAGCAAGAAUUCAUCAGGAAAACACAUCAUGCCUUCGAGCGUAGUAAACGUGUUUGUUUUCUCUGCAUUAUUCGUGUGUAAUUUCGUGCAUGCGGGCGUACACGUUCACAAUGUACAACCCUUCGACUAUAGAUCAAACUUUAAUUUAGAUCGAAACGAUAUUCAAAUUGUGAAAAGCAAAAAUGAAAAAGCACAAAGUCCUGUAAACGAACAGUUUCCCUCUGCGGUCCUCUUCGGGAGAACCUGCGGAGGUACUAUCAUCAGCCCCACGUGGAUCCUCUCAGCUGCUCACUGUACGUUGUUCACCUCUGGAAGAGAUGUACUCGCAGGGACUAACAAUACCGAGAACGGUACUGGCCUGCGUCACAGAAUUAAACGCCUUGUAGUCCAUCCUCGCUUCUCAGUUGGACCCUACUGGCUGAACGCCAAUCGUUUCAACAUAAAACAGGUGGGAGCGCGAUGGGAUUUCUUGCUAGCGGAGUUAGAGAGUCCUCUUCCUUUGGACGGCAAGACUAUGGUGGCGGCGGACCUGGACGAUCGCGCCAGACUGCCGCCCGGCGAACAGGUCGGAUAUGCUGGCUUCGGCGCAGACAUACACGGAGGAGUGAUGCGCGAAGAUAUGCAUGCCAUGGAUCUGGAAAUUCUUGCAGAUGAAGAUUGCUCCGACCUACUAGAAUACGACGGUGCGGACAUGAUUUGCACGAAGGGCCGCGCGCCGCGGUACGACUCCGCCUGCAAUGGUGAUAGUGGCAGUGGACUCAUAAGAAACGGUAAGGUUCUGGGCGUCGCCUCUUGGGUUGAGAAUGAUGCUAUAGAAUGCAAAAACGGAGCUAGAGUAGUGUUCUCACGAGUUGCCAGCGCGAGGGAUUGGAUUAAGCAAGUUACGAAAGUAUAAAUGUUUUAACUUAAUUGUUAUUGAUAAAAAUAGCUUCGAUUACAGAUAAAAAUAAAAUGUACUUAUUUAGGUUAAAAAUCUUAACCAAAGAAUAUAAAUAGUUUGAUACUCACUAAUACAUUUAUAUUUUAAUAUUAAAACUGAAAAUUAAAUAUUUUUAACAAUAUUUAUAUGUAAAAAACAUAAAAUGUUGACUGUAAUCGAACAAUAUAAAUGAAGACAUUUAUACAUUUAUGUAUAUACUUAUGAGUAUGCAAAUGUAUUGGAAAAAAUGUGAACAAGCAAAAGAAACAUUCUAUUGUUUUGUAUGUAUUUUUUUCGCAAGUUAGCAUCGUUGUGAUUAGCCCUUAGAUCAAUUAGCCUUACUUAUAUGGUUGUGGUGCAUCGAUCUUCGAUCAUGAACAAUUGAAACAAAUCAUAAUAUGUCAAUAUGCAAUAUGCAAAUGGCAAUGGCUGGUGUCGAGAGGAUUAAUGCACCAGAGAAUAAUUAUAAUUAUGUAUUACGAUUAUAUUUACAUUUUGAUUUGUAUAUAUUGAUUCAAAGUUAAUGUCAUAUGUAAAUAUAAUAAUUAUUGUGUAAUAAUUCUAAUUAUAAAAAGUGUAAUAUAAAAGGUAACAAAGGACACUAAAACCGACGUCGAACAGAACCGACAGUUUUAUAUAUCGGUUGAAUGUCCUUGAUUUUAACCGACUUCACGUCGAAUGAAUUUGAUUCUUUUUUUGAUGUAACAUGAGUUUGUUAGUUUAUAGUAGUAGGCAAUUUAGUUUCUGUUAAAAUACUAAUGCCCAAAUGUUGUAUUAGCUUGAUACACCCACACCUCGCAUUUAUAGUUUACACACUUUACUUUGUUUAUGUUGAAUUACAGAUUGCAACGCAAUCGCUAAAAUACAAUAAUUAACAUUCUGUAUGAAUAAAUAUAAGCUUACCACCGCAAUUACGAUGCGGCAACAUUAUAGUAUAAUGCAUUUGUACGUAACGAGUUAACUGUCUACACAAUAUAAUAUUAAACUAAUUGUAUGUUAUAAGUCAUAGAAUGUUAUUGUCAAUUUUUAUGUGGUCAAAAAAGUAGAAAAUGAUAAAAAAUAAUAAUAAUCUUAUGGAAGGUAUGAUUUAUAUAGAAAUCAUCAUACGAUAGUUGACAAGGGACACUUCACUAGUCCACUGAAACUUGAGAUUUCAGAGUAGCGAUAUCCCAUUGGUAAAAUUCUCCUAUCUCUCCAGAAGGGAUGUAUAUUCACAUGUUUUGACAAUUUACAAUCUCGCAGGAUAGUUUAUAAUUUAACGGUAUUUACAACUUAACGGUUUUUUUAAAAAGAAAAACUUAUGAGAAAAUUACUUUUAUAAGGAUGGUAAUGUUUAUUGAUUGGAGUAUUAAUUUUGUAAGACUUAUUUUUAACCGUUUUGAUGUCUUUUAAAGUUUUUAUUGAGAUAUAUCUGAAUGUAAUAUGUAGGCAGAGAUGUAAGUAAUGCGAUUCGUAGUGUUUAGAUACAUUUUACUUUUAUGGGUAUUUUUCUGCCUAACUUUAAUCAUAUAGGUUUGUUAUAAUAUCAACUGAGUAAAAUGUGUUGCAGUUCUUAUUAAAAUAAAUAUUAUUUUCUAUGUCAAUAGUUGAAAUAAAUAAAAAUAAGACAGGAUAAUGUGCUAAUCCAGAAUAUGAUUUUCAUUUUGUAUACAGAUAAUAAACAAUUUUGGGAAUGAA